CAGCCUUUUCUGCAGCAGCAUUGAACUUGCGGAGAGAGAGAGAGAGACGGGGAGAAGAAAGGAAGAGUGGACAGUAUUGUGCAGAAGGAGCUCAGUGCUAUUAUAGCAGAGGCUGCCAUAGCUGUUCCUUUCAGAGCUCACUUCAGGCCUUAUGAAAUGUGCUUCAAACGUGAAUUGUUUGCCGAUUCACUGAAGAGUACUGGUGAAGAGGAGUGGUCAGGGACGAAGAUCAGUAUGCACUUUUAAGUCGACGUCGCCUUGAACGCAGCGCAGCAGCCUCGCAGAGCCUCAAGUGCGUUUAAUCUCCGAAGUUGUGUCAAGCGGGCGAUGAUUCGCAUCUGAUUGUUGCUCAACUAUCUUGGAGAGGACUGCAGACGGGCAAACGCUGCAUUGUGGCAACCGAGACGCUGAUUCCUGCCCGAGGAUUGCACAAUCCGUUCUCACCAAAAUGUCAUCGCAUGCAAAAGUCAAGAAGGACAAAGAGAUUAUUGCCGAAUAUGAGACCCAAGUGAAAGAAAUCCGUAACCAGCUGGUGGAGCAGUUCCGUUGUCUGGAGCAGCAGUCUGAGUCCCGGCUGCAGCUGCUGCAGGACCUGCAGGAGUUCUUUCGUCGAAAGGCCGAGCUCCAGCUUGAGUACUCCAGAGGCCUGGACAAACUGGCCGAGCGCUACUCUGCCAAGAUUCGCACCUCCAGAGAGCACCAGCACUUCAAAAAGGACCACAAUCUCCUGUCCACUGUGAACUGCUGGUAUUUGGUCCUGGACCAGACCAGACGGGAGAGCAGAGACCACGCCACUCUCAGCGACAUAUACAACAACAACGUCAUUGUCCGUCUAGCACACGUGGGCGAGGAUGUCAUCAGACUUUUCAAAAAGAGUAAAGACAUCGGGGUGCAGAUGCAUGAGGAGUUGGUGAAAGUCACCAAUGAGCUCUACACAGUGAUGAAGACGUACCACAUGUACCACACUGAGAGUCUCAGUGCUGAGAGCAAGCUGAAGGAGGCAGAGAAGCAGGAAGAGAAGCACAUUGGCAAGGCCAACGACAUUAGUUCCAGUCUUCUGCGGUAUGGUCAUGAUGAACGUCCACAGCGACGGAGCUCUGUCAAGAAGAUGGAGAAAAUGAAGGAGAAGAGACAAGCCAAGUACUCUGAAAACAAGCUGAAAUGCACAAAGGCCCGGAAUGACUAUCUCCUCAAUCUGGCAGCUACCAAUGCCCUGGUGGCCAAAUACUACAUCCAUGAUGUCUCAGACAUGAUAGAUUGUUGCGACUUAGGUUACCAUGCAAGCCUGGCACGCACCUUGAGAACCUACCUGUCUGCAGAAUAUAGUCUGGAGACUUCUCGCCAUGAAGGUCUGGACUUGUUGGAGGGAGCAGUAGAUGCCAUGGACAUCAGAGGAGACAAAUUGAAGUUUAUGGACACACACAGCCAGAUUUUCUGUCCUCCAGCACGCUUUGACUAUCAGCCACACAUGGGGGAUGAGGUGUGUCAGGUGAGUGCACAGCAGCCUGUCCAGACAGAGCUCUUGAUGCGCCACCACCAGCUGCAGUCUCGCCUGGCCACGCUGAAGAUAGAAAAUGAAGAGGUGAAGAAGACCCUUGACGCCACCAUGCAGACCCUUCAGGACAUGCUCACAGUGGAGGACUUUGAUGUGUCAGAGGCCUUCCAGCACAGCCAAUCCACAGAAUCGGUCAAAUCAGCUUCCUCUGACUCCUAUAUGAGCAAGGCAAACAUCACUAAGAGACGAGCCAAUCAGCAAGAGACUGAGGGCUUCUACUUCACUAAAUACAAGGAGUACUUGAAUGGCAGCAAUCUCAUUGUCAAACUGCAGGCCAAGCAUGACCUUCUGAAGCAGACGCUAGGAGAAGGGGAGAGGGCUGAAUAUGGAACAACAAGGCCCCCACUCUUCCCCCUAAACCCCAGAGAAUGCGGAAGUCUAGACCUUGCUCCAUUUUUAACCGUAAGCUGUUUAACGGCAAUAUGGAGGCCUUCAUUCAGGGGAAGACGGAAUGUCCGUGCCAGGAGUCAGGACUCAGGGCAGCCUAUACCAGUGGUGGUUGAGAGUUGCGUUCGAUACAUCAAUCUUUAUGGUCUUCAGCAGCAAGGUAUAUUUCGAGUUCCAGGCUCCCAGGUCGAAGUCAACGAUAUUAAGAAUGCAUUUGAAAGAGGAGAGGAUCCUCUGGUGGAUGAUCAGAGUGAUCAUGACAUCAACUCUGUGGCAGGCGUUCUUAAGCUCUACUUCAGGGGGCUGGAAAACCCGCUGUUCCCUAAAGAGCGUUUCCUCGACCUCAUGUCCACAACCAAGCUUGACUCAGGUCCAGAAAGAGCUCAUCACCUUCAGCAGAUAAUUGUGACUCUUCAGCGGCCUGUGAUCAUCGUCAUGAGAUACCUGUUUGCAUUUCUAAAUCAUCUUUCUCAGUACAGUGAUGAGAACAUGAUGGACCCCUACAACCUGGCUAUUUGCUUUGGCCCCACAUUGAUGCCAAUACCAGAUGAGCAGGACCCUGUGUCCUGCCAGGCGCAUGUUAACGAGGUCAUUAAGACCAUUAUCAUCCACCAUGAGGCCAUCUUCCCGACCCAGCGUGAGUUGGAGGGACCUGUGUAUGAAAAGUGCAUGGCUGGUGGGGAAGAGUACUGUGAAAGCCCCCACAGUGAGCCAGGAGCUCUUGAUGAGGUAGACAAUGGUACCGGACCCAACACUAGUGAUGAAGAGUUGGAGCAGAUCGAGGCCAUAGCAAAGUUUGACUAUGUGGGCCGAAGUCCUAGAGAGCUUUCCUUCAAGAAAGGAGCCUCUCUGUUACUCUACCUGCGAGCCUCUGAGGACUGGUGGGAGGGCCGACAUAACGGUGUGGAUGGGCUUAUUCCACAUCAGUACAUUGUGGUACAAGACAUGGAUGAUGCAUUCUCAGAUAACAUUCAGAGGACUGAUAGUGAGGCCAGCAGUGUACCACACCACGAUGAAAGAGCUUCUACCAGAAAUGACCACCAAUCUCCUUGCGAACACACACCUGAGCACCGCUUUGGAGCAGCACUGGGAAGGGUGAGGGUGCGAUCAGAUGGAGCUGCAGUUCCACGCCACAGGAACGGCGCUGAUAGUCACAGCCCCAACCGAGCUGCAGACCAGCCCCCUAGGGUUAUGCCUCGGCCCUGCAGCCCACACAAAAUAGCUGUUAGCAGGGGCCCAACAGACAGUCCAGAGAAGCGGCGUCUCACCACAUUUGGCAGUCUGGGCAAUCACCCAGACAGAAAGGCCUUUGUCAACAGCCACUCUCAACGGUCUUCACCCAGCACCGCUCGCCAUGCAAGUUUAGGGGAUCACAAAGCCCUUGAGGCUGAAGCUCUUGCUGAGGACAUAGAGAAAACAAUGAAUACAGCUCUCCAUGAGUUGCGUGAGCUGGAGCGACAGAAUGUAGCCAAACAUGCCCCUGAUGUUGUUUUGGACACAUUGGAGCCCCUCAAACACCCCAGUGGAGCCCAGGAUCCGCCUGGCAGCCCUCUACACACCAUGGUGAUCAGGGAUCCAGAUGCAGCCCAGCGUCGUAGCAGCAGCAGCUCCUCCUCCGAGACCAUGACCACUUUUAAACCUGCUCUGUCGGCACGUAGACCCAAUGCACCUCUAAGGCCCCCGCCUGUCAGACCCGUCCGGCCUGCUCCUGUGAUUGGACAGGGCCAGGGACCACACCGCUCCAGCAGCUCUAGUUCCUCUGGUCUGGGCAGCCCAGGCAUCACACCCACUGACAGGGUCUUUCCUGUCAAACCUCCCUCCCCAUCACCGUCCACCUCCUCCUCAUCCUCAGACAAACAAGGUAACAUGUAGCUUCAGUCCUGUCGCAAGUUGAGUGGUUGAAGAACAUGGAUACCAAGUGAUUGUGAUUACCGUCACACCCCUACACCUCUUUUUGACAGCAAAACAAACAAUGACACCUGGUGAUGAAUAUUUACCACUCAUCUUGUAUAUUGUAGGGCGGCUACUGCUGGUUUCUGAGAACUAUGUGCCCACACAUUGACUUGUUGGUGGUGUACUGUAUUACAAUAUUACACAGAAAUAGGAUUUAAAUCUAUGAAAAUAAUUUUAUAGAAUGCAACCAUGCUGAAUAGCCAUGCUGGAUAAAAAAGGGAUGCACUGGAAAAUACUUCUGUUUACUGAAAUGUGACAAUUAAACAUUGCAUGUUAUUGCAGGUUGCAAAAAUGCUGUGGGCUUGGACUUUGUAUCUGGUUUCAUGUUCCAUUAUGAGGAUACACUUAAGGGAAUAUUUCACCACUAAUUAUGUACACAUCCAGUCUGUGCUGGUGGUCUUUGUAGUCUAUUAAAACUUCAACUCCUUGUGCACCAUUAAUAUUGAACUUUCCUUAGAGUGCCUGUCCCACAGUGCCAGCAUAUACCAACAGGCAGACACACCAUGGCUGUGUCUAAAUCACUCUCUAUUUACUAUGUAGUGCACUAUAUUAACUGUCCACCAUUUUAUUAACAUUAUGACUGAAAAAUGUACAUCUACAGUAUAUAUGAAGAAAUAGAAAAUAAAUGUAAAAAAAGUAGUGUGCAAGGCAUGUAAACUCUUCUCUGCCAACAAUUCCCCAAUGCAAUGCGUCCCAUUUAAUAGAUGUGAAAUUAACAGUUGUGUGAUGCCACACCUGUUAGUGAUGACGCAAAAUGAUUCAUAAGUGUCGGGAAAUAUAAAUGUAUUGUUCACUACAGAGUAAACUAGUGAGAUAUGACUAUGCGAACGAGGGAGUGAUUUUAGACACAGCCCAUGGCUGAAUGGCAAAACCAGGGUCGAAUUGCAUGAAGUUGUAAUUCUUCUAAUGGUCACAAGAUGUUGGUUACAAGGAAAAUACAUCUGUAUUAGGGCCACUAAUUGUAAAAUAAAUCUGAUUUUGGCACCAUUGAGUGGUAGUAUAAAAAAAGUAUAAAAAAAACAAGUGCUUGCUACACCUCCACACCCCACACCAAACCAACCCAUGGAAACUGAGAAGGGCACCAAUUUUCACUGGGAUUGGCAAUUUUUUUUACAAACAAAUUUAUCACAAUAAUUUAAAAAUGCUAUAGUUAUACAAAAAUCCUACACAAAUGGAAAUAUCCUCCAGCAUUUCUCUUGAAAUGCUCAAAAAAAAUUCCCACAAGAAGAUGAAUAAGAAGUUCCAAAGAAACAGUAAAACUCACUGCAGGAUAGUGUUUUGGUUUUGGUUUGCAUUAGUCAGCAACUGAAACAAAAAUAACCCCAAACAGCUUUGUCAUUGCAAGUGUUGCUGCUGCAGUCUGGCCAGCCGGUGGCCAGUAUGACCUUCAUCGUACUGGGUAGCGGCAAGUUAACUGGUAGCAGUGCAGCAGCACAGUUAACAACAACCUGAGACUCUGCCUCUCUUUGUUGCAUUUCCUCAGCAAUGAACCUUAUCUCAGCCAAAACUAUAUUUUUCCUUCAUUCAUCAGUCUCAGAAUAGGUCAGUUUAUGGCAGAAGUAGACCAGGCUGCAGGGCUACAGUUACACAGAGAACAUUGACAAUUAUUGUGGACAUUAUAGACAUGCCACCACUAUAACUAAUACAAAGUAAUAAAGAUGAAAAUCAGUAAAAUGUUCUUAUACUAUAGUCAUCUCUCUAUAUAAAAAUAUUAGCUGUGUUGCCUCAAUAAACAGGUAAAUUCUCCUACAACUCAAGUGACUAAUGCACUUAUAAACACUACAGGGAACUGUGCUGCAUUUGUAGGUUCUGUGUUUUCAUUUUGAUGAAGUUGUACUAGAAACAUAAUAAAGCACAUCAGUAUCAUUGACGCUUACAUAAUGUCUAGGUUGCACAUGGUCAGUUCAGGCUGUGUGGGUGUUUAGAUGAACUUGUUUACUCUUGGUGGUGUUUGUUGUCUGUCUUUAUAAGGAUGAUCAAUAUAUCUUAAAGUGUAAUAGGUACAUUUGAUUGAAUAUAUAUACAUAAUGUUAAAGGAUACUUGUAUAAAUAACAUUGUAUGAUAGGAACAGGAUAUAUUAUCAUGUCUAGUCUGUAGAUUUUUGUAACUCUUAUCCUUGCACAAAUAUUAACAAAACAAUAAAUAUAUGAAACCUUA